AAUUAAAAAGAAUUUCCCCCCUUCCCUUUGCUUUUGGAGAAAUCUAGAAGAGGAGCGGAGCAAUUGAAGACCGAUUCUGCAGAUUGCCGAAUGGCCGUCGUCGUCGCCGCCGAGAAGAGGAGCGGAACAGUCCGCCGCGUCGCCCCGAGCAGUCGAGCACCACCUACCAGGCACCAGGUUUGGUUCUGCCGCAGUGAAUCUUUCUCUGCAUUAUGGAUGUCAUGAAGCUACUAAACGAUUACCCCUUUACUACACUAAAUGAUCUGGACAAGUUUUUCUUCAGUUGUGAUACUUCCAACGCGAGUGAUUGCUUUGCGUAUGCCCUGAAGUUUCUGGAAAAGUACCCCUAUGUUACAAUGCAAGAUGUGGAGAAGCAUAUAAUCCGUGGUAGCACUCUCUCGGUGAUUGAUACUAAAAUUUGUACUAUCAAUUCCAACCGAGAAAAAGAAAAACUUUUUGGCAGAGAACAUUUUGAAGCUGGGCCUUUGCUUCAUGUGCAUUCAGUACAUGUAAAACCAGAAGAUGCUAUAAAAGACAAACCACUCUCUGUAUAUGGUACGAUCCGGGUUAAGUAUGAACAUAUCAAGAGUGGAAAACCAAUGCAGCUUGAUGUUUACAACCGAAGUUCUGAUGAUGCCGACUACAUUAGCCCUAGAGGUGGUGAUUUAGCUCUUGGUUGGCCUAACACUUUCCCUAAUUGUAAUGAUAUGUGGGUGGGAUUGCAAGGAACAGGCAUAGAGGUGGAUCUCUAUCUCAAAAUUGGGGAUGAGGGUUUUGGGGUUGAUGAUAUUUUCAUUACUGUUGAUUCAGGAUUGCAUGAUGGGCGGAGUGAAUUUCACAAACACAAGGCAACGAAUGACAUGGAAAAAGUGGAGAUGGAAGCUGCCGAGUUAGAGCAACCAAAAGCAAAGCUGCUGCAUGAGGAUUGCAAGAUGAAUGGAGUGAUUUAGACGAAGAUACGGUGUUACCAUGCAGCUAUGUUUAUUGGGCCAAUCCUUGCUGAUGCACCCUAUCCUCCUUCCUAAACUUUGGGUUGACAUUUGCAUUUGUUUGGAUGUCAAGUAUUUGGUGACUUUGUAACUUAUGUUUUUUUACAAUGUGUUUUAAAUUUAUUUAUUGAGCCGGGGGUCUCUUGGAAACAGCCUCCCCACUUUCGAGUAGGGGUAAAGUCUGCGUACACACACCUUCCCCAGACCCUACCGUAGUGGGAAUCAACUGGGUUGUUAUUG